CACUGUCUUGCUCUUUUGCCAGGCUGGAGUGCAGUGGCACGAUCUUGGCUCACUGCAACCUCCACAUCCCAGGUUCAAGAGAUUCUCCUGCCUCAGCCUCCCGAGUAGCUGGGCCUACAAGCGCGCACCACCAUGCCCAGCUAAAUUUUGUAUUUUUAGAGAUGGGGUUUCACCAUGUUGGCCAGGAUGGUCUUGAUCUCUUGACCUCGUGAUCUGCCCGCCUUGGCCUCCCAAAGUGCUGGGAUUACAGGUGUGAGCACUGUGCCCGGGCAGUUAUUUUCUUUAGAGAUGGAGUCUUGCUGUGUUGUCCAGAUUGGUCUUGAACUCCUGGGCUCAAGCAAUCCUCCCAUCUUGGCCUCCCAAAGUGUUAGGAUUACAGGCGUGAGCCACUGCAUCCGGCCAGCAGCAAGUAUUUUUGAGUGCUAGCUGGAUGCAGGCACUCAUUUAGACACUGGGAUAUAAAAUGGGCAAAAUAGACAAAACUUCCUCACCUUGUGAGGCUUUCAUCAUAGUUGGGUGAGGCUAAUAAUAAAGAAAAUAAAUAGGUAAAUUAGAUAGUGUAUUAGAAAGUGACCAGUUCUACAGAGAAAAAUAAAGCCGGGAAGAGGGAAAGCGGGUACAGUGUAAAUCGGGUGGCUAAGGAGGGGCUUAGUGAGAAAGUGGCACGGAGUGAGUGGACUUGAGUGAGGAAGUGAGUCGUGUGGAUAGCUGCGGGGAGAGCCUUCCAGAGAGAAAAGUCAGAGUGCCCCUGGUGUGUGUGAGGAACAGCAAAGAAGACCAGGUAACCAGAAGAUGACGAGUGAGGAGGCAUGUCAGGCCUGCUGAGGGCAGAGGGCAACAGGGCCAGAUCACAGGCCACCACCGUGGCCUUCACUUUGGAGCACGGUGAAGAGUCACUGGGGAGUUUUCAGCAGAGGAGUGACAUCAGUGAUUGAGAUUCCACAGGCUCAUUUGACCUAGAUUAGACUGUAGAGGGGUGAGGAGGAAAGCAGACCAUUUAGGCUGUGGGGUCAUCCAGGUGCUGAUGGCUGGAGCUGGGCUGGUAGCAUGGAGGUGGCAAGGAGGGAUCAGGUUCUGGGUAUUUUGAAGGUAGAGCCAAGAGCAGGUAUAUGUGUGUUACAGGGAAAGGAGUCAAGGAUGACUCGAGGCUUUAGGUCUGAGCCACUGAUGUUUGGAGUCGCGACUGGCUGGGGAGGAGAGAGGAGCAGAUUUUAGGCAGGGGUUAGAACAGUUCAGUUUGGGCCAUGUUAAGUUUCAGAUGAAACAUCUGAGAAAAGAUACUGAGAUAGUUCUUAGUGAAGUCUGGAAUUCAAAGGAGUAUCUGGUUUGGAUAUAUACAUUGGGCAUUGCCAACAUCCAUAAAUGGUGUUCAAGCCAUGAGAUUGGCUUGAGAUCACCACGAGGGUGAGUGUGAUGAAAAUGCUCAAGGCUUGAGAGCUUCCUGGUGUGUUCCACCAUGAAGAAACUGGGGAGAUGUGGAAGAACCUCCAAAAGAGACUGAGAAGGAGAGGCCAGUAAGGUAGAAGGAGUGCUGGGCAGGGAUGUUCUGGAAGCCAGGUGAGAAAAUGUCACAAGGAGGUCGUGAUCACCUGCAUCACGUGGUACUAGUGGGUCAAGUAAGAUGAGGGCCAAGACUUUGCCACUGGAUUUAGCGAUGGGGAGGGCGGUGGUGACCCUCAAAAGAAAAAUAUCACUGCAGCACUUGUCCCUAGGUCAAUGAGUGGGCAGACCUGGAUUUUAUCUUGGGUUACCAUUUGCUAUCUGUGACUUGAGAAGCUGCUUAACUACUUUGGGACUUUUCUGCAAAAUGCGGACCAUAAUAGCUACUCUGCAAGACUGUUUAAGGGAUUAGAUAAAAUACAAGGUACCUGGCAUGGCACCCAGUACCCAACGCACAUAAAACAAGUGCAGUGAUGAGAAACUCCAAACAGGAAGCCCUUUUCACCAGAAACCCUGAUUCCUCUGCCAGGCUGGAGAGCUCCAGGUUGGUCUCACAGCACAGGAAUGGAGUGUGUGAUGAGUCUUCGUGGUUCUAAGGGAGCUUUUCUCUCUCUCUCCAGAGCCCGAACCCCAACAUGCUGGCCAUGGUGACGGAGAGCAUGUUCUGUUAGUGGAAUGAAACCAAAAAUCAAUGGUGUUAGUCCAACCCAACAAAACAGAUAUCAAACCAUAUUCCAUAAGAACCGCUCAUGGCCCUGUUCUUUUCAGUAUAUGGGAAAACAAAAUGGAAACAACAAAAUAGAAUCAGGUUUAUGAAACUCCUCGAUAGAUGGUCACACAUGUUUUCAGGAGAUCUCUAUAGAAAUGAUUUUGAUCACUUGAUACCUUGAAAAGAGCUCUUGCGACAAUAGAAUGACAUCCAUAAGUGACAAGUAUAAAAUGUAGUGCUCAGUGACAUUAAAAAACAAAUCAACCCACAUAGAGGAAGAGCUCUGGACAUAGGGAUGUCAAACUAGUCUAGAGUGUAAUGAAAAGCCAAGGUGGUGCCCCAGUAAGAAAAAAGAAAUCAACAUAACAAUGGGAAACAGCAAGAAGAACACUGAGACAGGAAAGACAACAUUUUUCACAAGUGAAUUAUUCAUUCACUGUCUAGUGGAUACAGACAAAACUGCAGAAGACCCAGAGGAAAUCAGGGCAGGCUAAAAGUUUGAUAUCUUACACUUGUGGAAAAGCCUUAAGAUCUGUUUUAACUUGGAGCAGGUGGGGUGACAUCAUGACUACCAUUAAGAAAAUAUAACCUGUUGGGAAACUGUUUCUGCCUUGAUCAUGUUGCACAGACGAGCGAUAAACAGUGAGGAAUGUGCUUAGAUGUAUUGGGAAAGAGAUGGGUCUGUGGCAUUGUCACAAGGGUACACGAAUACUGAGAGUGAAUUUUGAAGGAAUGAUCCCAAUUGGUGGUGACCCUCAGGCGAGACUAGGGUGCCUGUGUUUCAGCAAAGCCUUGGCAGUUGGAGUGAGGGCUCCUAAGAUUCCAUGACACCCCCACGUUCUAAUUGUGUUGUAGCAACUGCAGACCGUUACCUGGCACACUGGCCACACCCUUGCUCACUCUUGUCGGAGACUGAGCUAUUGGCAGUGUCUUCAGCUCUGAGCUCAGGCACCGUGAACAUUGUUUUUGUCGUUAAGGAUCCUAAAGUGCUGUGGGGACUGAUCACCUUUUUCUCAACAUCCCUGGCCCCACCUCUUCUGCCACAAACGUCAGCAUGGUGGUAUCUGCGGGCCCUUGGUCCAGUGAGAAGGCAGAGAUGAACAAUCUAGAAAUCAACAAGAAAUCGCACCCCCAGCUGGUAGAGAACAAACAGGAGUUCAGAAACCUCCAACAGAAAUUUCUUGUAACUCAAGUGGCCUACUUCCUGGCCAAAGGGCAGAAUAAUUACGAGUAUGAAGACUGCAAAGACCUCAUAAAGUCUAUGCUGAGGGAUGAGCGGCUGUUCAUGGAAAAGCAGCUUGCAGAGCAGCUCAGGCAAUAUGAAGUCCUGGUUUUCUCUCGGGAACGGGAACUGACCCAGUUAAGCGUGAAGUUACGGGAAGGGAGAGAUGCCUCCCGCUCAUUGAUUGGGCAUCUCCAGGCCCUUCUCACUCCGGAUGAGCCCGACGAGUCCCAGGGGUGGGACCUCCGAGAACAGCUGGCUGAGGGAUGUAGGCUGGCACAGGACCUCCUCCAAAAGCUCAGCCCAGCAACUGCCGAAGAGGAGGAUGGAGAUGUUAACGUUGAGGAGGCUGAGAAAGUAGAGGAAUUCUGUGCCCCCAGGGAGGUGCAGAGGGCUGAAGAACAGGAAGUCCCUGAGGACUCACUGGAGGAAUAUGCCGUCACUUGUUCCAAUAGCCACGGCCCUUGUGAGUCCAACCAGCCUCAUGGGAACACCAAAGUCACAUUUGAGGAAGACCAAGUCGACCCACCUGUAGUUGUAGACAGUGCGUCCUCUGAUGAUGAACGGCAGGAUGCUCCAAACCUUCCCCCAGAGUCUGAAGACUGCAAAGACCUGGUGAAGUCUACGCUGAGGGCUGAGCGGCUAUUCGUGGAGGAGGAGCUUUCGGAGCAGCUCAGGCAAUAUGAAGUCCUGGUUUUCUCUCGGGAACGGGAGCUGACCCAGUUAAGCGUGAAGUUACGGGAAGGGAGAGAUGCCGCCCGCUCAUUGAUUGGGCAUCUCCAGGCCCUUCUCACUCCGGAUGAGCCCGACGAGUCCCAGGGGUGGGACCUCCGAGAACAGCUGGCUGAGGGAUGUAGGCUGGCACAGGACCUCCUCCAAAAGCUCAGCCCAGCAACUGCCGAAGACGAGGAUGAGGAUGUUAAAGUUGAGGAGGCUGAGAAAGUAGAGGAAUUCUGUGCCCCCAGCUGGCUCAUCAGGGAGGUGCAGAAGGCUGAAGAACAGGAAGUCCCUGAGGACUCACUGGAGGAAUGUGCCGUCACUUGUUACAAUAGCCACGGCCCUUGUGAGUGCAACCAGCCUCAUGGGAACACCGAAAUCACACUUGAGGAAGACCAAGUCUACUCAAGUCUCAUUGACUCAUCCUCUCAUGAUGAAUGGUUGGAUGCUGUACACAUUAUCCCAGAAAAUGAAAGUGAUCAUGAGGAAGAGGAAGAAAAAGGGCCAGUGUCUCCCAGGAAUCUGCAGGAGUCUGAAGAGGAGGAAGCCCCCCAGGAGUCCUGGGAUGAAGGUGAUUCGACUCUCUCAAUUCCUCCUGACACGUCUGCCUCAUACCAGUCUGACAGGAGCACCUUUCACUCAGUAGAGGAACAGCAAGUCGGCUUGGCUCUUGACAUAGGCAGACAUUGGUGUGAUCAAGUGAAAAAGGAGGACCAAGAGGCCACAGGUCCCUGGCUCAGCAGGGAGCUGCUGGAUGAGAAUGAGUCUGAAGUCUUGCAGGACUCACUGGAUAGAUUUUAUUCAACUCCUUCUGGGUAUCUGGAGCUGCCUGACUUAUGCCAGCCCUACAGAAGUGCGUUUUACUCAUUGGAGGAGCAACACCUUGGCUUGGCUCUUGAUGUGGACAGAAUUAAAAAAGACCAAGAAGAGGAAGAAGACCAAGGCCCACCAUGCCCCAGGCUCAGCAGAGAGCUGCUGGAGGUAGUAGAGCCUGAGGACUUGCAGGACUCACUGGAUAGAUGUUAUUCAACUCCUUCCAGUUAUCUAGAACAGCCUGAUUCAUGGCAGCCCUACGGAAGUUCCUUUUACUCAUUGGAGGAAGAACACAUUGGCUUUUCUCUUGACGUGGAUGAAAUUGAAGAGUACCAAGAAGGGGAAGAAGAUCAAAACCCACCAUGCCCCAGGCUCAACGGGGUGCCGAUGGAAGCAGAAGAGCCUGAAGUCUUGCAGGACUCAGUGGAUAGGUUUUAUUCAACUCCUUCAACUUACUUUGAACUAGAUGCCUCAUUCCAUCACUGCAGAAGUGAUUUUUACUCAUUUGAGGAAGAGCACGUCAGCUUGGCCCUUGACGUGGACAAUAGGUUUUUUACUUUGACAGUGAUGAGGCACCACCUGGUCUUCCAGAUGGGAGGCAUAUUGCCACACUAAGCAACCCUUACUAAGCUGAGAGAUGUUAUUGCUGCAGGCAGGACCUAAAGGCACAUGUAGGUUUGAAUGAAACUGUAGUUCCCUUUGGAAGCCCAGACAUAGGAUGGGAAAGUGGGCAUGGCUCUAUUCCUAUUCUCAGACCAUGCCAGUGGCCACCUGUGCUCAGUCUGAAGACAUUGGACCCAAGUUAGGUGUGACACGUUCACAUGACUAUGUAGCACAUGCCGGGAGUGAUCUGCCAGACAUUCUAAUUUGAACCAGAUAUCUCUGGGUAGCUGCAAAGUUCCUCAGGGAUUUCAUUUUGCAGGCAUGUCUCUGAGCUUCUAAACCUGCUCAAGGUCAAUGUCAUCUUUGUGUUUAGCUCAUCCAAAAGUGUCACCCUGGUUUCAAUGAGCCUAACCCCAUUCUUUGUAUCUUCAGUGUUGGUUUGUUUUAGCUGAUCCAUCUGUAACACAGGAGGGAUCCUUGGCUGGGGAUUAUAUUUCAGAGCCACUGACUGCUCUUGACAAUUGUUAACCCACUAGCCUCCUUUGAUUAGAGAAGCCAUAGUCCUUCAGCCUCCAAUUGAUAUCAAUACUUAGGAAGACCACAGCUAGAUGGACAAACAGCAUCAAGAGGACUUAGCCCUGCUCCUUUCAAUUCCAUCCUGUAAAAAACAGGAGUCAGGAGCCGCUGGCAGGGGACAGCAUGUCUCCUGGGACUCUGCCGGUGCAGAAUAUGAACAAUGCCAUGUUCUUGCAGAAAACGCUUAGCCUGAGUUUCAUAGGAGGUAAUCACCAGACAACUGCAGAAUGUAGAACACUGAGCAGGACAACUGACCUGUCUCCUUCACACAGUCCACGUCACCACGAAUCACACAGCAAAAAGGAGGAGAGAGAUUUUGGGUUCAAAAAAAGUAAAAAGAUAAUGUAGCUACAUUUCUUUAGUUAUUUUGAACCCCAAAUAUUUCCUCCUCUUUUUGUUGUUGUCAUUGAUUGUGGUGACAUGGACUUGUUUCUAGAGGACAGGUCAGCUGUCUGGCUCAAUGGUCUACAUUCUGAAGUUGUCUGAAAAUGUCUUCAUGAUGAAAUUCAGCCUAAACGUUUUGUCAAGAGCACUGCAGAGUCAAUACUGUGAGUUUCCAACCGCAGCCCAAAUGUGGGCAGAGAAGGUCUAGUUUGUCCAUCAGCAUCAUCAUGCUAUCAGGACUGGUUACUUGGUUAAGGAGGGGUCAAAGAGAUCUAUCCCUUUUAGAGACACCUUACUUAUAAUGAAGUAUUUGGGAAAGUGGUUUUUAAAAAUAUCAAUGUCUUGUAUUCCAAUGAUCAUCCUCUAAACAUUUUAUCAUUUAUUAAUCAUCCCUGCCUGUGUCUAUUACUAUAUUCAUAUCUCUACACUGGAAAUUUUCUGUCCCAAUUUUUACUGUGCCUUUGUUUUCGCUAGUGUCUGUUGUUGGAAAAAAAAAAAACAUUCUCUGCCUGAGCUUUAAUUUUUGUCCAAAGUUAUUUUAAUCUAUACAAUUAAAAACUUUCGCCUAUCACUCUGGACUGUUGGAUUGUUUUUUACAUUCAGUGUUAUAAUCUUUUGUUAUGCUGAUUGGUUUUGGUGGGUACUGAUGCGAAUUAAUAAAAACAUUUUCAUUUCCCUGUU